UCCACACUUCCGGUGCCGCAUGUGGCUUGCGAGCUGCAGUAACCCAGUGCUGGUAAAUCGUAUUAUAGUCACAUAGACAGCAUGAAGGUGAAGGUCUUAUCACGAAACCCGGAUGAUUAUGUGCGAGAGACUAAAAGGGACUUACCGAGAGGUCAGUUACCGGUAUUACUGCCACCACCCUCCCACACAGAGAGAAGUGUGUGUGUGUGUGUGUGUGUGUGUGUGUGUACAUACAUAUAUACACACACACAUAUAGAAAUGUGUGUUUUUUAUGUGUGUGUGUGUGUAUAUGUAUGCGUGUGUGCGUGUAUAUGUGUGUGUAUAUAUAUAUGAGAAGACAGGGGUGCACUCACAGGUCUUGAUGAAAAACGACAAUCAAAUUCUUUAGGGUGAGUAAAUCUUCAUUAUAGCCGUGUCUAAAUCAACGUUUCGACCCCUAAGGGUCUUUUUCAAGAUGUUCUCAUAUAUAUAUGUUCAACGCGGGUUGCACCUAGGCACAAUAUAUUUUGGCUUUAUUCCAUUCUUGGAAGUAAGGAGAGUGCCAAGCAGAUAUUGAUUUUUUAUAUAUAUAUACAAAUUUUGUUGCACUCACUGCGUAUUCCACUGCUGGCCUGGUGCUAAUCGGCAAAAACAUAGAAAGGUAAAGUAUAUAGCACUCCUCGGUCUUUCUUGUAAAUAAAAAAUAGCUUUUAUUGGAGCAAUAAAAGGUAUUUUUUAUUUACAAGAAAGGCCGAGGAGUGCUAUCUACUUUACCUUUCUAUAUAUAUAUAUAAAUAAACAAUCCUGUUCUCUGGGAACCUCAAUGAAUAGUUUUUAUGUUCUAACCAUAUAUCUAGAGCCACUCUGCAGAAAGCCAGGGUUUAUUUUAGGACAUUCUUUUUGUUUUUUUUAAUUCACUAUAUUAAAAAGUUUAGUCAAUAACUGUUCUGGUUUCUAUGCACUUUAGCAGUUAAAUGUAUAUUUGGGUUUAUAAUUGUAACUAUAAUUUCUCUCUCAUUUUACAUUAAUUUAAAAUCUUAUUUUUUUUAUUAGAAAUUUGUUUCUUCAGAUGCACCAACAAAAUUGUCACUGUACAGAAAUCUAUCUUUUUAAUAUUAUUAUGAUUAUCUAAAAAUCACGAGUCCUUUUCUUCAAUAAGCAGAGAUAAAGAAUUUCUCAAUCACAAUUGUAAAAUUUAUUUUCAGUUCCGCGAAACUAUGACCCAUCACUGCACCCAUUUGAAGUGCCCCGGGAAUAUACCAGAGCAUUAAAUGCCACCAAACUAGAACGUGUUUUUGCAAAGCCAUUUGUCGCUUCUUUGGAUGGCCAUAGAGAUGGGAUCAACUGCAUGGCGAAGCACCCUCAGAGCUUGUCCACCAUACUGUCAGGUGCUUGCGAUGGAGAGGUAAGGUUUGCUUUGGGAAAACAUUAUUAUUGCGCAAAUUAGAAAGAUCUAAAUUUGGCGUUUUUGUGCCUAGAUCCAGGGGUGGGCUUAAACGGACAUUUCAGGCUGGAGUUGAAACAUUUUUAAAUGCAAGCAUUGUUAUCACUUCUGUGAUUUGCAGUGGUCAUGGUGCUUGGAGUCUGUAUGAGCAGUCUUUAUGUAUGGAAUAACAAUAGUUUAAAAAAAAUAUACAACUUCUGAGCAUGUUAAUAAUAAUCUAGGGUAUUACAUGCACCGCACAUGCAUGUCAUUUCCAAAAGCUAGCUGAAAAUUACUUUGGGCAAAACGAAGAGGACAAAAAUAAGAUUGUACCUGUAGUGCCAUGGUGCAUGAGUAAGUUGAUCAAGAGAGCAAGCGUAAAGAGGGAAACUACAGGUAAUGGAGAUGGGAAAAGCAAUGGAAUAAGAUUCAUAAACGGCUAUACAUAGGACACGAGGUCACGCACUUAGCCUGGAAGAAAGGAGAUUUAAUCUAAGGCAAAGAAAAGGUUUUUUUACAGUAAGAGCAAUAAGGAUAUGGAAUUCUCUGCCUGAAGAGGUGGUUUUAUACAUACAGAUGUUUAAACAGCAAUUGGAUAAAUACUUCCAAAUACAUAACAUAACAUACAGGGAUAUCAUUUCUAAUUAGUGGGGUAAUAGUUGCUUGAUCUAAGGAUGAUAUCUGACUGCUAUUUUGGGGUCAAUAAGGAUUUUUUUUCCUAGUUUGUUGCAAAAUUAAGAGUGCUUCAGACUGUUUUUUUUUUUUUGCCUUCUUUUGGAUCAAGAGCAAAAACAUAUGUAAGGAAGACUGAAGUUGAUGAAUGCAAGUCUUUUUUCAGCUAUGUAACUAUGUAAUGGAACAUUAAGGGAGAGAAUAAGCCGAAAGACUGUAAGAUGUGCUAAUUUAGAGUGCUGGAAUUAUUUGUGAUUUAUCUGACGUGUUGGUCUGCAGGUUAAGAUCUGGAAUCUGGUGACGAGGGAAUGCACAAGAACAGUACAGGCACAUGAAGGCUUUGUUCGUGGACUCUGUGUUCGUUUUUGUGGGAGCUCCUUUUUUACGGUACGUACACCUGCAAAACCGUUUAGUGUAUUAAUUAACACAUUAUUUUAGUUAAUGUUAAAUCGACCAAAGAAUUUGAUUAAUUUUUUUUUUUUUUUUAAUAGUUUUUGUUUCCAUUAAAUAAACAAAAACAAUUGGGAAUACAACACCGUUUUUCCCUUUUGGAACAACCCAUAAACAAUACCUUUUUCCAGCACUGAGGGGUUGCUCACCUUUCUGCCUCCUGCAGCAUCAUCAAGGAGGCUUUGCUUCCUUACCGCUGAUUCAAUAAAAUGCUCCUCAUAGAAAAGCUUUGAGGACCUGAUGAGCAUGCGCAGCUAGUAUGUGCAUCCAAUGCUUCUCGUAAAAAAAGCAUUGAAUUCAAGACAGCCACUAGAGUUGUGUUUUAACCCUGCAAUGUAAACUUUGAAGUUUCUGAAUAAAGUGCAAUGUUUAACAUUACAGGGUUAAAAUGACAGGAUCACAGUACCUGGUAUGCUGAAAUGAAGUGGUCUGGACUGUGGAUGGCUUUAGGAGUCUUUUAAUUAUAUGGUAAAGGGUAAGGGCAUUUGACUUGCGAAUUAAUUCUGAAAAUAAAAUAUUUUGUAAUCCUCGGUUACCUAUAACCUUUUACAGAAAACCAAAUGGAGCAUUUUGUUUAUCAGUUAUGUAUUAAACUGAUUAAGGAUUCUGUCUAUAGAGGUUAAUAAUUGUUUUAUUUUAAAAUAACAUCUCUGUCAGUUGAAUUGUGUAAUGCUCACACCAUGGGCCUCCUUGGGUGCUCCAUGAUCUAUAGUUAAAGUUCUCCUAGAAUAAAUUCAGACAGUGGUUUUUGUUUUAACUUGUGUAGGCUGUAGUUCGGUGUUGUCCCAUGUAGUGAGGGGAAAGCUAUCAAUAAGUGGCAAUAAUACCUUAAAUUUAUGCUGUGUCGUUGUACAUUAUCUGAUCAGAAUUUCUUGUUAGUCAUUUGGAGCUUUGCUUUUAAAUGAACACUAUAGAGUUAUAGUACAAAGCCGUAUUCCUAAAGUUAUAUUGCCCUUUUCUGUAGGUUUUUAUAGGACACUCACCGAUUUGCAAUAAAAUAAAGUUUUACUUACCUUUUUCCAGCUGAGUGUCACUUGGCGCUACUCACCACUCUGCCACCCAUAACAUAUCGAGGAGGUAUCCACGAUGGUCCGAUCAUCAAAGAGUAUUGAGAAUCUGAUGAGCAUAAAAUGCUUUCAUGCGCCUCUAGUGGCAGUCAGGAAGACAGCCCAUAAAAGUGGGUUGAAUCUGCAAUGUAAACAUUGCAACUUCUAAAAAAAAAAAACUGCAAUGCUUUUUAUUGCAAGGUUAAAAGCUUCAGGGCAACUCAAUCCAGACUAUUCAUUGAGAUGAAGUGAUUUGGGUGACUUUAGUGGUCCUUUAAGGAAAUCUAAAAUAUAUCUAUUUCUUUGUUUUUACGCUAAAUCGUUGAUUCCUGUGUGUAUAUAGGUGGGUGAUGAUAAGACCGUGAAGCAAUGGAAGAUGGUAAAAGAAUAUGGCGAGAAGGAGGAGCCUAUACAUACAAUCCUAGGAAAGGUGAGAUGACGCUGAAUUGGUGUUAGGAUUGAAUAGUAUUUAUAGAUUUCUAUUUUAGGAGGUAUAUUAUGCAACUUUGAUAAAUGUAUUUAUUUUUUCCUUUUAAUCUUAAAUGUAUUAUUUCCAGGAAUAUUAAAAUGAAUCUAUAGUUAAAACUCACCUCUGCGUUUGGAGGUUCAUACUUUUUCUCAUAGAUUGAACUGUGGACUGUUGGAGCUUAUGGCAAUAUCUGCCGCAGACAGCUGGGGUUUUAACAGACUUUCAAUGCAUUUCUCUAAGGUAGAACCAAAAUAUGAUGGUUCUCUCCAUAGAUCAUUGUAAAAAAUGCAAGAUAAGUGACAUGCCUCGCCUCAUAGUGGGAGAUUUUAUAAAAGCAUUGUGAAAAAUGCUGCAUUGGAGACAAUAGCCCUGGAAACUGGUGGAAGAGACAGGCACAUUCCAUUGCCGACUCUUCCCCUGUUACAUAUUUGCACCACUUUUGUGAACACAACUGCCUUAAUAGCAAGCCAGUAACCAACCUCAUGCUGUUCAGCAGACGUAUACGCCAAGGAAUCCAUGUAUAAAAUGUAAUUUUUGAGGUGGUUCUUUGUGGAAGUAAUUUGCAUAUGCCCACCCAGAAUCCCUUGCAGUAGUAACAACACUGCCAAUAUAAGAUUCUAGGGAAAGUCUUAUGGCUUGACUUGUGUGGGCAGAUCUGUGUCAAACUACUUACUAUCAAAUAAUUUUCAGGUGGAAACAGUUUUCAGUCGUCUUUUACCCCACCAUAAAACGCUCUCUCUUUCUCUCAAAUCUGUCUCACUGGACUGAUACGGCUACAAUCUCAACUUUAUAGAUAAUAACUUUUUUUAAUUAUUGUUUUUAAUUGUUCUUCUUAUAUUUAAAUGCUGAUUUUCUGUGUGGUAUUGUGUUAAUUAAUUUACAUUUAUUAUAUGCAAAAUGUUUGAACAUCCCACCCACUUAUAUCUUAAAUAUGUUGAAGGUUUUGUUUAUUUGUAAUUUAUUCCAAUAAUUCGUAACAGCGUUACAUCACUGUCAGACAUUUGCAAGUUCAUAGUCGGUAUAAUUUUGAGUUGGUUUCAUCAGUAUAAAUGUAACAUGCAAAUGAAGCUUUAUUUAUAUUUAUUUUUUUAAAUCUGAUAAUUAUGUGCAUUUGAAGCCUUUUAAACAAAAAUAACCAUUAAAAUAUUAUGCAGAAACUUUGGAAGUGUGUAGAUGAUGGCAUUUUCUCAGAUCUCUGGCUUUGUCUUUCUAGUCUGUAUUCACAGGAGUUGAUCAUCAUUGGAAGGACGGGGUGUUUGCUACAUGUGGACAACAAGUGGAUAUUUGGGAUGAACAGCGAUCCAGUCCCAUGAGGUCCUUUACAUGGGGUGUGGACAGCAUUACGAGUGUCAAAUUUAAUCCUGUUGAGGUAGGUAUAUUGUUAAUUAUGACAUAUUCAGUUUGUUGUUUACAGAGUAAACCACAUAUUUGUGCCAAACUCACACUGUAUUGUGAAUUGUACAUGUCAUCACAAUUGAAAACACAGUACUUGCUUCUCCACAUCAAAUCUUCCUGCUCAACCAUGUGUUCUGCUUUUAAUAAGUGGUAUUUUAAAGUAAAACAUGUCCAACCGGACUCGUGCCCCUCCCCUCAUCCACUAUUGUGAAUUAAAGCAAAAAGAAAGAAUGAGAACCCUGAUAAUGGACAAAAGUUUAGAGGGACUCAAUAGCUUGUCCUACGGUAGAACCCAGCUCAGGUCUCAAAAUAGUUCUUGCUGACUUGUGCCAUUACAGAGUGAACAUAUUUGAAGUAUGUCAGACUGGUCCCACCGUAUGGGCAGUUGAGAUCCGAAAAUGCCAGGAAGUUCCCUCUGCACAAGAGAUACAGGAACCUGAACACAGCUUUAUUUGCUAGCAUUUAUGUUUUUUUAAUAUAUUUUUUAAUCGGAUCUUUGCCUCAGUGAUUGGAUGCAGACUAAAUCUCUUUGAAUCAACUUAUUUUGACACCUCUAUUCAUUCUUCCAGUCCAUUUAUCAUGCAUUUUCGUCACUUAGGCAGCUACAUUUUCAUAAUCGGAAAAUGAGUUUGGAGGUUUGGAGAGGAAUUGAAAUGCUUUAUUGAUUUAUUUUCAGUUCUAAUUACUUUGCAUACGUUGUGAUUUUUCCUUUUUUCUCAGACACAUGUUUUAGGCAGCUGUGCUUCUGACCGAAAUAUAGUUCUAUAUGACAUGCGACAGGCCACACCACUGAAAAAGGUCAGUAACAAGUGUUUCAGACUUGAGUAUAACUAUCUAUGUAUAUAAUGCCAAGAAAUGCCAGCAAGUCUCUUUUAACCCCUUAAGGACCAAACUUCUGGAAUAAAAGGGAAUCAUGACAUGUCACACAUGUCAUGUGUCCUUAAGGGGUUAAAUGGUAGAUUUACUAUUAAUGCAUUGUAACGGUUUAACAGUUGUGUGUCCUCUUGUGGCACAUUUCAGAGGCUUAUUUAUACAUUAUUUUUGGCAAAUAUGUAGAUUUUAUGCUAUACUUCUCUUAAAGGAGCAUCUGAAAUUAUAAAAUUGAAUAAUGAAAAUAACUCGUGUUAAUUGUUUUCACAUUCUCUUUUCUUGUUUUUAAAUGUAUAAUAGAGAUUUAGCAAAUUACAUCACAAUCCAUUUCAGUCCUUGCACUUGCAGGGCACACUCCUUUAAUGAGAUGCAGAAACACUGUUUUGUGCUCACUGUCAGGACAGAGCUUAUAACAAUAAUUGAUUAAAAAAAAAAGCUAAGAUCUCGCCAUCCUGACUUUAGUCAUGUUUUAUCGGUCCUCUUCUGACCGGCUUAGUUUUGUCGAGUCCUGUUUGUGGACACCGGGGAUCUGUCCCCUUACAGCUCAUUAGAUACUUUUGUCUUAUGUUCAGGGCACUAAGACUCUGCACAGGGCACUAAAACAUUGCUCCUUGUAGAGUCUACUGUGAGUGAGCUGGCCCAAGAUGAUUGGCAGGAAGCCGGGUGUGCAUUCUGCCGUAUUUGGUAAGAAACCAUAAUGGGACCACAUCAGUGGCCCAGACUAUUUACCCACUUCCACUAGCGUACUACUUCUCAGAACAUCAGAGUUGGGAGGUAUGUGAGAUGGAGGCACCCGGAAUAAGAGUUAGCAUUUCUACGUUAAAUUAAUAAUUUUUUCCCUGACAUAUGGGGGCAGUACAAUAGGGAUGUAAUCUUCCCAAGGGACAGGCAUCUAAAAUUAACAUAAAAGUUCCUCCCCCAACAGGUAUAAGAUUACAAACUGCCAUGGAACCUCAGUUCUCUUUCUUGUUCCAUGAGGAACGGACGGCAUCUGGAUAUGUUGUGGUGAGGCACAUGGGUUGCUGCCAAGGGGAUCCGGUCCGAUAGUCUCCUGGGUGGAGAGCUGAGUGGCCUGCGUGCAUCGUGCAGGAGUUACGUGGCAGAUUUGUUUAACUUGCUUUAUGCCAAGUGCGGUCACUGGCAAAGCAAGUAGGAGGUCUCUAGCGGCAGCAAAUCACUGCCCAUAUGAGACGCAUGCGCAGGGUGGUGACACGCACGCUCGGGUUGUGUGUUCGGGAAUUCUCGGAAAUGGUGCCAGAUUUGAAUCAAUGCUGCCUAGUUAAACUGUGCAGAUCUGACUGACAGCGUGGAUGCUACCCAGGAAGGAUCUCCCGUUUCACCAGCCCCUCCCCCCACCCCCCCAUGGGUCAGAGGUUUUAAAGGGGAGUAUUUUCAAUCUCUAGAACUAUCUUAUUUAAUUUUACAACAAUUUUGUAAUUUCUUAUGUAUUGCAGAUAUGUAUGGUCCUGUCUCUCCAGAUAUUAUGGAUAAAGACAAGGUGCCUACUCCUGCUUCUAAAAAAAAGCCAGUUCUAAAUCGAAACAUCUGAGUUGUAGUGAAUGCUCGACAUCUCUACCAGAUGGUUACAAAUGGAAAAAUUGCAAUCAUUGUUUGUCCUUAUCACACUAAAAGUCCAAGAAACCGGACAUGAAGUCAUUCUUGGUAUUGGUUUCAAGACAAUCUGGCCCAGGCAUUUGAGUCAUUCAAAGAUUCUGCAAAGCCAAAGGUUACAGCUUCUGUUAAAGCAACAACCAAAGGCUAAAAAGGAAGAGAUCUUCAUCUGGACCAGAACUGUCCUCGGGUGAAUGUUCUAUUUCAUCCUAUUCAGAAACUUCCAGCAACUCUUCUAUUAUAGAAGUCGGUUUUCCACAUGAAGAAUUGAGGCGAUUUUAUUAAGGAAGUUAAUGUUACCUUCUCUGAUGACACAGCAUAUAAAGCAAGUAGGAAAGCCCUUCCGGGUCAACAAGAGAUUCUGGAACUUAUGUGCAGAGAGUGGAAGAAACCUGAAAAAAAGGCAUUUAUUUCCAGACAUUUCAAGAGCAUUGUUAAACUACAGAGAGAAGACAAGUGGGAAGACUCGCCAGUCGUUGACAUACAAGUUGCUCAGUUGUCUAAAAAAAACUAGCAUACCGAUAAGAGAAGUCUCUGGUCUAAAAGACCCUAUGGAUAAAAGGGCAGAAACAUCCAGCAGACGAGCAUAUCAGGCAGCAGGAUUUCAGGCUAAAGCAGCAUUGGCAAGAGCUUCGGUGGCUAAAGCUAAGUACCUUUUGGCUUCAAGGAUUGGAAGAUAGACUGAUGACUACCAAGACAAAGAUCUUUCUCACCUGUUCCAAAAUUUAAGGUUAUCCAUACUUGGACGACUGGUUCAUAAAGGCAAAUUCAAGAGAUGCUCUAGAGUCGGAUGUGGCUUACACCCUCAGAAUCCUGGAAGAACAUGGUUGGGUUAUAAACCUAGAAAAAUUCUAUCUGCUUCCUACAAGGCCAAUUCAGUUUCUAGUUUUUUUUAAUCAAGUCAGACACUCUUUCUAUUCACCUAACUGGGGGAAAAAAGAUAAAGAAACUGAUAAAAAAAAAUCUUCAGCAAAAAGCUGUUGCAGGUGUUGGGACACCUCACCUCCACCAUCCCAGCAGUAAAAUGGGACAGAGCAGAAUCAAGGCCUUUACAGUGAGAAAAUCUUGCGCAGUGGUCAAAGAAAGAAGAAGACUUGGAUGCAUUGAUAUGUAUAUCCGCUCCUGUAAAAAUCCCAUGAACUUGGUGGCAAAAGACCAGUUUCAACCAAUAAACCGGGUUAUAAUUACAACGGACACUUCAAAUAAAUGUUGGGGGGCUCACUUGCAGUGUCACUUAAGGCAAGGCAUAUGGUCAGAAGAUGAAUAAAGGGAAUCUUCAAAUUACAAGGAGUUGAUAACCGUCUUAUAUGCUCUUCAUCAGUUCAGAGCUCUUAUUGUGGGGAAAAUUCAGUCAGACAAUCAUGCAAUGGUGGUUUACCUGAACAAACAAGAAAGUACAAGGGUAAGAAAAUUGCACUCUCUUUGCACAAGGAUUAUGUCCUGGGUUUAAACUCAUCUAGACGACCUGUCUGCUACUCACAUACGAGGAAUACAACCACAUUAUAGCAGACUAUUUUAGCAGAUGAAAAUGGUCCCAGAAUGAGUGGUCUCUAAAUCCGGUCAUUAUUUUUCUUAACUAGUUAAGCGUCGUUCUGCCAGUCAUCGAUCUAAUGGCAGAAGGUCAAAUGCAAAGGUGAUAACAUUUGCCUCCCUCUUCAAGGCAGACAUGCCUCUGGUUCUGGAUGGGCUAUUAAUUAGGUGGGACUUCAGCCUUGCAUACAUAUUUCCCCCUGUAAGCCUAAUCCCAAGGAUUCUGCAAAAGGGGAAAACAGAACAAGCAACGGUGCUGGCCAUAAUCCCAUAUUGGCCAAAUCGCAGUUGGUUCUCUGUUUUAAUGAAGAUGGUUUUGAAGUACUGGGAACUUCCGGUGUCAACAGAUCUCCUAGAGAACAAAGGGGUUCCGGUAGAGGUAUGUUGCAAAUGUUUAAAUUGACAGCUUGGCCGCUGCACGGCUAAUCCUGCAUAAAAUAGAGAGGUUUAAGUUGCUGCUAAAUUCUACCAAAAACUCUUUUACUAUCUACUUGAAAAUUUGGAUGACAUUUCUUCAUUGGUGCAUAUCUCAUCAUUGCAUAACAUCUUGUAUGUUCUUUAAAGGGGUUCUUAUUUUAUCUACUCUCAAAGUUCAAGUUUCUGCUCUGACAUUUUUUGGUAAAGAACUUCACUUUAAAUCCUCUCGUUAGGAGAUUUUAAAGCUGUCAGACUUAUCAAGCCUCCAAGAAAGGAGUUUUUUCCAUCUUGGAACCUAUCUUUGGUUUUGAACCCUCUUUGUACACAGCCUUUCGAACCUUUGGAGAAAACGUCCUUUAGCUCCUGUCUCUGAAAACCGCAUUUUUGGUGGCCAUAACUUCCGCUAAGAGGAUAGGUGAAAUUCAGGCCCUUUCAUCAUCUGCUGAAUUUACUAAAAUUCUUCCUAGGUUGUUAUGUAUCCAAAACCUUUGUUUCUACGGAAAGUCAUCUCUUCCAAGGCUAUCAAUCAACCAGUUUCCCUGCCUUCCUUUGGUUAUUCAUCUGUCUCCGAUUUGGAUGAUAAUUGGCACAAGUUGGAUGUCGGAAGAUCUAAGAUCUACUUAGACUGCUCUUCUACAUACAGGAAGACUGACCAUCUUUUUGACAAUUUCUUUGGAAAAUUUAAAGGUCAUGUUGCCUCCAAGUCUACUUCAGCAAAAUGGCUCGUGGACACAAUUAAAUUGGCUUAUUCUGCCUCUGUCUGCCUCCUUGAAAGCUCAUUCUACUAGAGCCAUGACUGUUUCCCGGGCCAAAAAAGCACAUGCGUCACCUGAAGAUAUCUGCAGAGCCGCUACAUAGUCUUUAUUCAACACCUUCGUCAAGCAUUACAGACUAGACGUAUUCUCUGACUCUGCUUUCUUGCACAAGGUGUUACAAGGGGUGGUUGCCUAAUUCAUGCCCAUAGCUCUGGGAUCUCGAUAGAUCCCUAUUGUACUGCCACCAUAUGUCAGGAAAAAAAUGCAAUUUUACUCACCAUAAAAUUACUUUUUCUUUAAUAUGGUGGCAGUAUAUCACUCCCUCCCUUUGUUAAUAAAUUUAAAUAUUUUUGCAGUAAUAGGUCUCUGAGGUUUUAUUGGGACGUACUGAGGUUCCAUGGCAUGUUGUUUUAUACCUGUUGGGGGAGGAACUUUUAUGUUAUUUGUUAAUUUCAGAUGCUUGUCCCUUGGGAAGAGUACAUCCAUAUUGUACUGCCACCAAUUUAUGGAAAAAGGAAUUUAUGGUGAAUAAAAUUUCAGUUUUCAGACCUAACAAAUGGGUAGUGACUGUAUCCCACAAUGCCUUGGGUACAACUGAGUGUUUUGCAUUUUAAGCAAUUCGUUCUAGAUACUUUUCCAGUCCCUUAUUAUAUAGUUGACUAUUUAAAAAAAAAAAUAUAUAUAAAUAUAUAUAUAUAUAUAUAUAUAUAUAUAUAUAUAUUAUGUUUGAGAAAUGUGUAUUUUUUAAGAAAAGAAGUAGUAAUGUUUCCUCUCUACUUUUUAGGUUAUUUUGGAAAUGAGAACAAACACAAUAUGUUGGAAUCCUAUGGAAGCGUUUAUAUUUACAGCAGCUAAUGAGAACUUUAAGUAGGUACUUUAUGUAGGCUCGGUACAGCAUGCCAUUGGCUGACCAGCUAUUCUUUAGAAACUUACGAUUGCAAUACUUUUAUAAAGCUGUAUUGCUAAACUUUUCCUGGUCUUCCUGCCCUAUUUCAGUGUCCCAUUAGUUGGUGGAUAUAUUUAAUAUAAAAAUAUUUGCUUUGCUCUACACAUCGGCUAUUUUUUCUACAUUUUGCAUUUAGGAUUAUUCACUACAGUUCGGUGUUCAGUGAAUGAAAACACCAAACAACCUAUCCCUCAACUUUUCACUGUUUGCCUUCCAGUGUUGAGUUUUCCUUAAGCAAAUUUCAGAUGACACAGUUUAGCCACUUGGAGGAGCCAUUGAUGCAAUUUGGGUUCAACAGGUUCAUGUAAAUGAGAAUUCUAGUCUAGUUAAAUCCAGCAUUUUAAUUAUUUUAGCUGUAGCUCAGAAUAUGUUGGACUAUGACCUCCCAUCACGGGAGACCAACCGUAUCUGGGGUCUGCGGCUAAAUAUUUAUUUAUUUCCUAGGGUUUACGUAUUUUCAAAUCUCUGUAACUUAGGAGACAACUUGAGUUUUAGUAAAUAAUAGAUAAAAAAAAUAGAUAAAUGUACAUACCUAUUUACAGAAAUAAGUAAUUAUUCCCUAAAUUUGUAUUCACCAUACAUCAAUCUGAUAAGUUCCUAUCCUAUUCCAUGCUGAGACUUGAGAAAGCAUCCAGGAGCGACACGAAAAGCGUUCAGUCCCCAGUUUAAUUUAGUUUGUUUCCCUCCUCUCUUAUGCUUGGUGCAGAGAUCUGCUUUUGUAUUACUGUUUGUCACUGCGACUCACCGUGGUGGGCAUGCCUUGUUACACCAUAAAUUCUACGAUUUUAUUUUCACAAAGUCUUCUGAGUGCGGUGUUGUUAUCUUGUUGGGAUUUUCUGUGCCGUAGGUACCAUAAGGACUGGUUAUAUAUGUUUAGCCUGCCCCGUAAAAUUUUUUUUUUUUUUCCAGUUUUACCCAAUGUAUAUUUAAGUAAACAUAACAUAUCUACUUUCUACACACACACACUGAAUUAUCAUCUGUAUGUAUUGCUUGUUUCUACAGUUUAUACACUUAUGACAUGCGCAACUUGGAACAUCCGCUGAAAGUGCACAUGGGACACGUGUCUGCUGUCCUGGAUGUGGAUUACUCCCCCACUGGAAAGGAGUUUGUUUCUGCCAGCUUUGAUAAAUCCAUCCGCAUAUUCCCUGUUCAACUUGGAAGCAGCAGGUUAGUGUUUUCCUAUUCGGUGUGUUUUAUCUAAAUUCCAGGGUUCAUCUUAUUUCAAAUGCUCCUGCCAUACAUGGAAUUGCUAAUAAAAUGUCCUUCUUUUCUUUCUAUAACGUUCCGCAGCAGUUAAAGCGGCUCGGUAGGGGUUGCUGUAUAUAUAUAUUUUUUUUAUUAUUUUUAAUUUCUUCCUGUAUCUUUUACAGAUAUUGUUAGUGUUAAAGGACCACUAUAGUGCCAGGAAAACAUAGGCACUAUAGUUUCCUGAGGGUGCCCCCACCCUCAGGGACCCCCUCCCGCCCGGCUCGGGAAAGGGGUUUAAACUUACCUUUUUCCAGCGCUGGGCGGGGAGCUCUCCUCCUUCUCUCCUCCUCCGAUCCGCCCCAUCGGCUGAAUGCGCACGCGCGGCAAGAGCUGCACACGCAUUCAGGCGUGCAUAGGAAAGCAUUUACAAUGCUUUCCUAUGGGCGCUGGCUCUCACUGUGAAAAUCACAGUGAGAAACGCAAGCGCCUCUAGUGGCUGUCAAUGAGACAGCCACUAGAGGAUUAGGGGGAAGGCUUAACCCAUUAAUAAACAUAGCAGUUUCUCUGAAACUGCUAUGUUUAUUAAAAAAUGGGUUAACCCUAGUUGGACCUGGCACCCAGACCACUUCAUUAAGCUGAAGUGGUCUGGGUGCCUAGAGUGAUCCUUUAAAGGAACAGUCUAGACACGUAAAUCACUUCAGCUUCCUGAAGUGCUGUAUGUGUCUGGAUUCUGUAAUUCUUUGACAGUUUAUAAAAGUGCCGUUUUUAAUAGUAAUCUGCAUUUUUAAAACUGGGGACAGACUGUCACUCAGACAGUAAGGGUGAUUUUGUUCCGCUUCUUGCACUAAGCUAGAGCAUGCCUCUCUGUGAGCUGUACCAAUGCUCAGUGAGUAGAAUAGGAAAGCUGUGAUCACGUUUGAGGGCACUUACGGCUCCAGCAAAGAGCACAGAAAGCUCUGAUUGGUUUAGCCUGAAAGUCUGUGUCAGGAAAUCAGGUAGGAGGCUCGCAAAGGCUGCCGACCGCAGAUUGGCAGAUUUUGAAAGUAGUUUUUUCAUAUAUUUCCAAAGAAAAGAUGCAGGAAAAAAAUGCAUGCAUGUUGUUUUAUCAGAGAUGGUUCUUUUAAAAAGAAAAACAAAAGUCAACGGAAUGUUCAUUUAAAGCAAAGUAUGCCGAUGCCUAGUGAUGACUACAAGAGACCCUACAUCUAAAUUAAUAGAUACCUUAUGUAUGAUCACGUUUUUCUAUUUUGGUGUUAGAAGCUUAUAUUACAUGUUGAUACUAGUGUCCCCAGUGUGAGUGGUCUCUUGACUAACCACAUCCAAAGGGAUAUGCAUGCUGGUGCUGUUGUCAUAACUUCUUCAAACACAAUAGCACAGUUUGCACACUAAUCCUAAGUGACCACCGAUCAGCUCACAAAUAUACUGACUUUAAAAAACUACCAUUUGUAUGUAGAAUGUUUUUUUGUUUCGUUUUUUUUUUUUUUUUAUCAUCAAUGUAUUAAACGGAAUUAUAUAUUUUAUUUAUGGAAGCAAUCCUAGAACUUGAAAAAGUAUAUAGAUUCAUGUUGAGUGGAGAGGAUGCUGUAAAUGUGUAAAUUGGUAUUCUAAAUUUUUUUUUAUUAUUAUUUUUUUUUUUAGUGCAGUUUUUACAGCUUAAAGUCUAAUUGUAUGAACUUUUCUAUUUAUUGUAGAGAGGUUUACCACACCAAACGGAUGCAGCAUGUUACAUGCGUAAAAUGGUCUGCUGACAAUAAGUACAUUCUCUCUGGCUCCGAUGAAAUGAACAUUCGUUUAUGGAAGGCAAAUGCUUCCGAAAAACUUGGCUUGGUAGGUUAUUUUCAGUGUGUUUUUAAGGGAGCAUUAUGUUCUCUAUAUAAUUGUAAAGGAGUGUGUGAUGGCUAAGCAUGUGUUAAUAUUUAGAGUUAUUCAAGGAAACCUAAGCAUAUACUGCAUCUGAACAUUUGGUUCUACAUAUGUGAAAUAAAGUCCCUUGUGUCUGUACAAAUUCUAAUAAUUCCUAACCAUGCUCUAGAUCCAGAUACUAUGUCUUAAAAUCAGGCAUGUUGUUUGUAUCAAAAGAUGUUGCUCUGCUUCCUGACUGUGUCUGUUGGAUAUACCUGCGUGAUAUCUUCAUUAUCUUUGUUUUGAUAUAUUUGUUUCUUAUUCUGUGAGGUGAUAAUACACUUUUUAGUUAGACAUAGAACACAACGUGGUAUGCCAUUUACUAUUGGUACACAAACCGGUUCCCUUGACCACGUAAUUUGGGUAUACACGUGUGAGUUCAACAAUUUUACAUUUACAAUAUAUUGGCCCUCCAAAUAUUGGGGUGAGCAUCCAGGUGGUAAUACAAAUCAAAGUCCCUUUUAUUUGAUGUUACAGUAUUCCAACUCCUAUUAGCUACAGCCAUCCUGCUGAGAGAAAUACGCCGUAACUGCAACAGCCUCCUUGAAACUUUCCCAUGCACCAAAUGAGUAUAACUAUGGACAUCUUGGGGUCCCACCCUAGCGGAAGGGUUCCUUAUUCGAGGAUCCCCAUUAAACAAGCUUCUGGGCCAUCGUGUCUGUUUGAGUCAACACUCCUAGGAUAAACCAUUCUCCAAUUUGUGUGCAGGUUAUGUGGCACCUUCAUGGCCAGCCCUCCGGACUCAGGACAUAGAACAAGCACACAGAGCUCUGCUCCUCUAUUUUUUGCGACCCUUUUUGUGCACUCUUCAAUAGUCACAGCAGCUUAAACAAAGCGGCCUAGCACUUAGAAUUAAAAUGUGUCGUGUUCAUGGCUUUUCACCACAUGGAAAGAAAUGAAAGCAACAUGCCCCAUCACAUCUAAAUUUCCCUUGCAUAUGUUAUAAUAGAAGGGGGUCUUGUAUCCUUUCUCCCUGCAAGUAGUAUUAUUCUAUAGUUAGAAGCCCACCCCUUCAGUCAAAUAUGCCGUCUGAAGAAGUUUGUUUCUUUCUGCUCAUACAAGUACUUGAACUAUAUUGACGCACCAGCUGCUGAGCAUCAUCUAAUUCAACUGCUAAUUUCUACAGUAGAAAGUUGAUAAGUGAACUCUGCUCUAACAUAGAGAGUUAUUUGAAAAUCAUGAUUGUUUGGAUCACUUUUGGACACCGCACGCUGCAGACGUUGCCAAGCCUGAGGAGUCACAGCAAAUGCGAUUUUCAAAUAUGUAUAUAUUUUUCACGGUUUUUAAGUUGAAAUUAAAUAAAUUGCUUUAAAAAAUUAUAUACACUUCAUGUUUGUUUGGUAGCUGCACAAAAGCACAUAAAACUGCUACUCCUACACAAUCUCCUCGAGCUCAGUGCUAUAGAAUAAUGUGAUUAUCUGUAACCAACACGUUGCAAAGUUCAAGUCUGUCAGUCAAGUUAAUUCCCCUUAGGUUUAUGUAGGACUGUCUGUUUAAGAGAUCUAAUCUUGACACUGUCAAAUUUGCGGUAUUUCAAAAUUUUUCUUGAUUGGAGUUUUCAUGAAAAAGAUAUAUGCAUGAGAAGGAAAGUCUCAGACCGUAUAUAGUAGUAUGUGCCCUAAUCUGUGAGUGUGUCUCAAGAGUGUCUCAUGCCGAAUCCCUGACUGUAUUUAAGAACCUAUACUGCAAUAGCUUCAAUAAUUGGUUUUAUCAGAUGUCUUUUUUGUCACUGCAGAACACCCAAGUCUAGGUGUUUUGUGGUUUUAUCUUGGUAGCAGGGAAGACCACAGAUUUAAAUUGUGCGGUUUUCGGUCUUCCAUGUCUUUCCAUAUAUGAUGCAGAAAAUAAUCUGCCGGACCAAAUUGGUCGCCUUCACAGUAAAUCAGAAAAAGAAAACUGAAUGUAUUUACAGAAUAAUAAACACCAGUGUUCCUAUAGCCUCCUCCAUCUUCUCUCUGCAUCUCCUGACUUCCUUGCCAGAAGCUAAAUCCUCUUUGCUUGGGAGUUCAGAAUGGCCUUCCAUCAACUAUGUUAUUGCGCCAUAGUCCUCACAGAGCCUCUGAUGAAGUGGAUUUUUCCACAAAACGAUUUGGGCUAUUGCGAACUCUUGGCUUACCGUGCUGGAACGCAUGUGGAACUCACAAUAGAAGGAGCCCCAGGCUCAAAUCUACCAAAAGUUUUUUCCCUCGGAUUGUGGUUUGCGGGCUUUCUCCAGAUCCUGGCACUUCGGAGUACUGUCAGCUUGCAGAAGUUAAAGGGGCACAUCACUGUGGCGGACCUGCGUGUCCAGAUAACCAAGUACAAUUUCUGCAUUUUGCAUCCAAAUUAAGCGAGUGUCUACAAAGUACACUAUGGAAGUAUAAUUUACUUUGCGGAUUUGCCACUUUGUAUACCAUUUUUACUGGACUUUUUAAGGGACCUGAUUGUGUCUUGAAUACCUUUUUGAUAUUUGAUGCAAAUUGUUAUACACACUGUUACUUUUUGGAUACCAUGGCAGAGUUAGUAGCAAUUUGCGACAUUUCUAUGUAUACUGUGAUUGCCUUAUCAGUGCCUGGGUUGUCUAUUACUGCAAAUUGUGUUUUUAUUUUUCCCUUUUUUGUGAUUUAUAGACUCUGCAUUUCCUUUUAUAUUUUUUUUUUCUUCCCUAAUUUUAUUUUUUUGUUUUAGGCUUUAGACUCCUAGGCUGGUAUUUCUGGCUAUUUAUUGUUAGAUCUUUAGCAGAUACUCCCCUAAUUGCAUUUUGCAGUUUGUUAAAUGUUUUAUGGUCACUGAUUGAGCCUGUUAGGCCAUAACAGCUGAAUUGGUGGCACACCCAGUCUCCUAUUUUAUAUACAUUUUGUAUUACAGAUUUGCCAACUCUCUCGCUUUUUUUAGUGAAUAUUCCAGUUCAUGUUUGUUCUAAAUUGAUCCCAUUUUUAGUUUGGGAUCCUUUUAUAAAUUAGAAUUAUUAUAAUUUUUUUUUUUUUAAUCCCAACUAUAAAGCAUUGUUUUAAAUCAAAUUUUCUGAAGAUUCUGCAGUAGCUUUAACCUAUUUAAUCCAUCAAGAAAGAUAUGCAGUGCUCCAAAUUCCAUUUAGAGAUGUGUGGUCUGAAAUUUGCAACCUCAGAACAUCAGUUUAAGCGCAUCCUGACUGUAUGUAAAAACCCUCUGGGGGGGUCUCUAAGGCACCCACAAGUAGACCAGAGCUUUUCUGCAAUGUUCAGGUCAUUGCGCAAUAUGUUAACGAGAGAACACAAGUAAUUGAAUUCUAAUUUGUUUUCCUCCUUAGCAGGGUUCCAAUGCAAAUCAGGAAUCAACAGGAGAAUUUAUUUACGGAAAUAAAAACUACAUGUAGAUUUCAAGUAUAUUUUGUUAUGGCUAUAGUUUUCUUUUCUUAAUAAAUUCUAUAGUUAAAGUGGAAUUUAGUAUCUACAAAUAUGGGUACUUCAGUGAUCAGAGCAUGUUCUGGUUGAGCACAUAAGGAAAAUUUUAUUGGUGGUACGCAGUGGGAGGAGUUUUCUAAAUCAGAUACCAUGGAAACGUUACAGAGGAUGCUUCUGAAAUGCUACCUUAUUGCGACAUUUGUGAAUGAUUGUCCUCAUAAAAUCAAUUUUUAUGUAUUUACCUUGCAAUGCCUUUUUACAAGCUUUUAAUACAUUAUUUAAAAAGCGUCUACUAGAGCUAGGGGCAUUGCAAAUUUAUUUUAAACUAGAAUCAAAUUAUGCCGAUAUAAUUUCAUUCUUAUCUUCUGACCUUGCGUGAGAUGCAGUGUAGUUAAUGGGUUAAAAAGUAUUCUCUUUUAUUUUUAUAUAUAUAUGUAUAUAUAUAUAUAUAUAUACAUACACAGUGAUGGAUUCAUGACAUUGCAAAUUUAAGAUGGCUGCAGAAGAUUUUUCUUGGCUUACACAGCCAAACCAUUUUCUUAAAUUGCUAUAGUCUAUUGUUGACAUGCUUAAAAUAAUUAGAUAAAUAAGUGUCUAGUAGUGCAAGCUUUAUUGCAAACCGCAUAACAUUCUAAGAUUGCAUUGCAGUGGGCCAAGCAAGCCCAGUUUUUCGGUCGACAAAAGUGUUUAGGUUGUACUAAAUCAGCAACAGCACUUUGCUCGUCUUCAAUUAAAUUAAAGAAAAUCAUUGCUUUUAAUUAGAAUAAAAGCCUUCUAACCUGGGAGAUGUUGACAGUUUGCUGCACAAUGAGAAUCCGUGGGAUUUAUUUAGGCUGGCUCGAGAAAAUGAUCAUGAUUAUAUGACAGGGCAAAAACAUUUAGAUGUUAAUGGGCGCCGGAUUUGCUUAGUGAUUGAAGUGUGGACAUUGCAGGGGUGAUUUAAACAGGUUGUAAAUGAUUUCACUCAUGACUUGAGGUCUUUAAGAGAAGCGUUCUCUAGAGCAACUCUCGUCAAUCCAGGUGAUGACUCAAGACCUUGUGCCGUAGUACCAAAGUCUGUAUCAGUGAUUUGGAGCAUAGAUGUUUGUGGACUACAUUUCUUCUGUGUAUUAAUUCAUGUUUAUAUAAUCUAAAAUCAUGUGCAAACCACCAAAUCUUGCAGGAAGUUGGUUUAUUGACCUAUACAGCAGCUUUUCUACACUUUUGGAUAUUUUAUCAAGACCUAUUGCAAAAGGUCCCAACACAUUGCUAUUUUCAUCUUCCAAAAAUACAGAGUGAUUUAGCCCAGUAUCCAGCACCCGAUCUCUCUGCCCCAUGUCCUUUCGCUGCUCAGAGUCUUUAAAAAGAAAGCCUUGGCCAGGGGCACUGCUGAUUAGCUGAGAUCAUUAGCUGAUGUUCUAUGCCAAACAGUGGCUCCCCAUUCACAAAUACCUGAGGGAAAAAAUAUAUGUGGGAGCCGAUGCUCUCAGAUAGUCGUCAAUCAAGAAUUACUAAAAUGAGGUGCCAAAUUGCUUUAUAGAAGGGUGUGGAUUUCUACAUUUAAUUGUAUUUUUCACACUUCACAAAUAUGUGUUAAAUGUAGGGGAAAGUAAACAGGAUUUUAAAAAUCCUGUGAGUUUUUAUUUAAUGUUUUGAGAAUUUGAGAUACAUUAAUAUGCAGACUGGCAAUGCAGUAGACUGUUUCAGAACGCGGAUAUCUAAACAUAUUCUAAAUGACACCUACCGUUGAGCCAAUUUGGGUGUAUUUGUACCAGUUAGGAGAGCCAAUCAAAAAGCUCGUUUGUAGCAAGAUAAUUGCAAAGACGAAGUUACAGGAAUGUCGACUAGCGGUCUGUAUUUACCUACUCUCUGUUUGUUAGUUGGCAAUAAUGGCAGUUAAGUCCACAGCGUACAUGUUGAAGAUUCACUGCCCACUGCGCUAGGUAGAAAACAAAUGGCUACACACUAGUGUGGAAUGUUGUGUGGUAGCUUGUUUGUGAUUAAUGUUACCUGAAAUACAAUGUAUUCUGAUUGUUCUCAUUAUUGCCCUAAUGGAUAUAACUAUGUAGUGGAUUAUCAUUUACUUGAUUUUAAACGAGACUAAUUGCAGCAUUCACCCAAGGGACAGCCUUCAGCAGAUUUUUCUUUAAUGCAGAAUGUUUUUAUCGCUCACAAAUGUUUGUUGUAGAUGGUAAAGUGUAAUAUUUUCAUAAUACAUUGAUGAAUGCAUAGUCAUAAAUAACGAGUGGUCAAGUUGUUGUGUUUUUGUUUUUUGUUUUUUUUGGGUGCUUAUAUUCCCACCAGCACUACUAAAUAUUCUGCAUAUGUUCUAUUUUGUUUAUGGUUAAAGGACGAUUAUUGGUACAUGCAGGAUUUUUUUUACUUUUGAUUGUAGCUAGAAGAUGGGUGUCACAAGUUACAAUCCAGCAUUGAUAUCCUAUGAGUUAUUUUUUUCAUGACUUAUUGGCCGCUAUUGUGUGAGGUUUUUUUUGUUUUGUUUUUUAACUCAAUAACAAUUCAAUGAUGUAAAACUUUUUUUUUUUUUUCUGUAUCAAUUUUCAAUAUUUACUUAAUCUGUCAAAUUGACUUACGAUUUGUCAUCAGUUACACAAUAUCGUGAUUGAUACUCUGCAAACUCAAAUUUUUUUGAGAGGGGACUAAUUCAUAGAAAAGUGUCUUUGGUGGCUUGACAACUUAUUUAUUUUGGUGUUGAACAUGAUUAGUGCCCAAUGGAAAAAAAUACCAUAGUUCAUGACACUAAUUCAUAACGAUUGUAAUCGCUAAUGAUUUAUGUAUAUUAUAAGGUCAUUAUUCAACAAAUCUUUAAUGGUAAAAAGACAGGAUUUGUAUUCCUGGUAUAUGUUGCAUACAUGUGCAUGUAUUAAUCAGCUAACCCAGGGGAAUGUGUCUUUAAAUGUUUGCUUUUUAUGUUUCUGAUUUCUCUAUCUUAGUGCCUCUUGUAAUCCUUCCUUUUUUCCUUUAUAGUUGGCACCUAGAGAGAGAGCUGCUCUGAACUACAACCAGAAGCUAAAGGAGAAAUUCCAGCAUCAUCCACAGAUCAAACGAAUUGCGCGCCACCGGCACCUCCCAAAAUCCAUCUACAGCCAAAUAAAGGAGCAACGCAUUAUGAAGGAAGCUCGCCGCAAGAAGUAUGUAUCCCAUCGUUAAUUGGUUCCACACAUCCCACCAGCCAGAUUAAUACAGGAUGGAUCACAGCACUAAUGUGCAAAUAUAGAGUAUUUAGUAAAGCAAGACAACUCUCUCUAAAAGAAAAUGUUACCUGGGCUAGGAGCAGAGUGCAAGUGUCUUAUCGUUUUUAAUGUUAAUCUAUCAGAUUUCCAUUUUUCUAAAACUCUACCUUGUGUUAUUUGGCUUGAGAUCACACGCCAAAGGAUGGAAAUCAAAGGGACCACCUAAAAGCAUGCUUUAACAAACCGAGCAGAUUUCUAUAGAAAUUGGCACUUUGAUAAACAAACCUUGUUACAACCCCAGGCUCUCAGUCAGACAACCAAUCCUGUUACUUCUUGGUUGAUUAGCUCAGUGGGGCUAAACCCAAGAGGCAGGUAAUUGCCAAGACUACGCUUAUUACAAGUCUGCGAUUGGACCGUUCCAGCAAGAGUGGGAAGAAAGAGAUGGCUAUGUCUGGAUAACAAAAAUAUAAAUUUUGAAUACAUUUUGUAGAUAACUCUUUAAUUGCUGUGUGUAUAUUUUUAAACAUACCCAAAAUAUACUUUCAUUUGAAGAUCCUGUACUUGUUGCAAAACUCAUUUUGCUUUAACUUUGUUGUUGACUACCUGGACUCUACUUGUUAAUACCACUGAUGAAUCUAUUCACUAAGAAAGAUUUGUUGGCUGUGUCCCUGCAGCUAUAUCUGAACUAUAUUUCCAUGGACUGUCAAAUAAGUGUUGGAAAUGUACUUUAACAAUAAGUGGAGGACCACCCUGCACUAAACCCUGGGUCAGAGCCACCAGGUUAACCUAAAAAAUUGGAGGUCCAAGUUUAGACCCUAGCCUUUUAUGCUUUCCUGCCUUUAAGGUUUCAUACUAUUUUAUUAUAAUUAUAAAUUACCAAUACUGUAUACUUAAAAAAAAAAAAAAAAUAUAUAUAUAUAUAUAUCUUUUGAUGUUUCCUUUAAACAGGGAUUGGCUGAACGGUCUUAGCCUAUCCCUCCCAGACCAUUCAAAUGAACAAGACCACAUUAUUUACAUGGCAUGAUGUUCUGUCUGCAAAAGGCAAAAAGAUCAUCCUGUGAAAUGCACAAUUGCAGGUUUGGUGUUUUUAAAUGUGCUGCAUGCAUACUCUUUUCUUGCUUUACUGAUUUAAUGUUAUGUUUUUUCAGGGAUGUGAACCGUCGCAAACACAGCAAAGAAGGCUCCGUACCAUUAAGCUCAGAGAAAAAGAAGCAUGUUGUAGCAGUUAUGGAGUAAGAAGCUACACGAUGGACAACUUUUUUUUGCUUUACAAUAUUGUGUUCCGACUGUCUUUGAGGUUUUGUAUGAUUCACCGAGAUGGGAGUUACCUUCUGUCAGUAGUUGGAGGACUGCAGUCUUUGUUUUGUACAUAUGUGACAAAGAGAAAAAUUAACCAUUUACUGAACACAUCUGGCCUAAGAUCUGUGUUGGGAAGCGAAGUAAUAAAAUGUAACUUUUUUUCAGAGACUUCUUGGAACUGUUAGAAAAUCUUAAACAUGUUCUGAUCUCGGCUCCCAUUUUAGCUUUUAUUUUAUAUGUUGAGGAUUCGUGAUUUGUGAACAAUCGAAAAUAUAUUUCUAUUUUGCAAAUCCAAAUAAAGGUUAAUAUUGUUAUUUGAUAUGAACAAAACUUAAUUACCGGUAGUUAAAAAAAUAUUUAGUGUGACCUUUGCCGAUCAUCUAAUUGGCAUUAAAAUACGCACGUUUGUAAUCACUUACAUGUAUUUUAUUACUAGUAUGGAGUGAACACUCAGUUUUAUGAGAGAUUGAAGGCCAGUAUCAAAGUACAUAAAUGCAGGUGAAAAUAUUGAGCUGAGGUUGAGAUAGGAAGAAAAUAGUUUAUAAAAGAGGGGCGCCAUAAGACAGUCAUUGUGGUCGCAUUUGAUUAGUUCCAAAUUUCUAUGGAUCAGAUUUUUUUUAUAAUACAUUUUUAGACCAAGAUCCACCCUUCUCCCUAUCUGCCUCUAGAUUCCAACUUAAUUUUUUCUUGAGGUUUUUUUUACGCUUUAAUAUGUUCAAACUGUAGAAGGAAGAGGUCUACUACAUCAGAAGUUUUACAGCUGUCAACAUGUCUUCAAUUACUGAUUUUACUUUUUAGUAAUUUCUAUCACGGCUAAAUUAUUGUACUUUUUCUUUAAGAUACGUUGUAGACCUACAAAGGUUAAGAAUACAAUCUAUUAAUAUUCCAUAAUUAAAAUUUGUACCUCAUUCAUCAAAAAUAUUCUGGUUAAAAUCUCCGUAAAUCAGUUCUAUUCAUGAAGUUUUCCACAGCUGAGCUACUGCCAAGGUCCUUGUAUAUUGUGCGUGGGAUAUGGUCUAUUUAAAACUUUCUAAUGUGCUAAAAAAAAAACUAUUUUGGAUUAAGCUUUUUAUGAAUUAAUAGCCAGACUUCACUACUUAAUGCCAUAAUAUAGAGCAAGCAAGGACAACGUUAUAUAGCGGCGAUGGCUAAUCCAGUGGCAUUUCUGUGACUGCUUACGUCCCAAAUUCCUUACAUUUAGCGGGACAGUCACUGAUCACCCAAUUCCGAGCUCCUGAUGUCAGAUGUCUACAGUAACUUGCAUUUUGUCACUGUUAUGCCCCCGUGUCAGUCCAUUUUCCUUGAUACCCUGCCAUUUAUAAAGAAAAUAAGAUACUUUAUUCUAAAGUGCGUUGGGAGGAUUGUGCACAACCACCACCCACUGAUUAAAAGAUAGAAGUGCCUAUAAUUUAAUUUUAUUGCUCUAUUGAAGAAGUAUCCUAAUAAUUGUGUGUACGUCUGACAUGCAGUAUUCCUUGUUAAUGGAAUAAUAAAAUGCUGUGUGUUGAUGGACAUUGAUGUCAUGACAGAGCAGCUGCUGUGAACAAAUCUCUUCCAUGUUUGCCUUCCACGCAAUCGGCUGUCUCAAUUAGGGAGGUUUAUACUUUUGUUUUUUAAAGGUCCAAAAUAUUCCGUUGCCAUGUUUAAUAGGGUGGCAUCCAAUCAAGUCUAUUUUUCUAUAAAAUCACUGUAAGGAAUUAUUGCACAUCUGUUAUCUAUAUAUUGUGCUUGCAAAUUUUCAGUUACAUGUGAAAGUGUAAAAUGUGUCAGCCCUGACACGCUCAUUUUCUUUAUUUAUAAAAAAAUAAAGGGUGAGGGCCCUUAGUGUUAACCCCUUCCGAACAGUUUUUAAUUAAAAAAUAUAGUAGCUCACAUGGCAAUUAUUUAAAGCGAGGCAUGCAUAGCUAACAUAUAAUAUAUAACAACACAGAACAUUUGUGUAUAGAUGGAUUUACAAACGUAACAAUAUAAACGUGAAUU